AUGUCCACAGUCUACGACGAUGUCGUUUCUAUCUGUUGGAGCAAUUGUUUCCGCGGCACUACCUCCGGUUCGCUUGCAGCUUCCGAAAUCGGUCUGUUUAUUGCCCAGAUAGAAACAUUUCUAGGUAUAUCUAAUCUUCUCACCACAGAAGAGACAAAGCUACUACGGCAACUCAUAGCGAAGAACCCUCAGAUGCGUUUGUAUCGUGAUGAGGCAGCUCUGUUCCUACUACGGCUUGUAGGAAUUCAAUCCAUGGAGAACCUCAUUUCAAGCCGAUCCAACCUCAGUGCAGAGGCGAUUAUGCGUAUGGUGCGGUCGCAUCCUUCGAAACGUGCAAUACCAGAAUACAUUGAUAGGUCCGUUCGGGAGACUCGCGUAGAUUCUGGGCAGAGUUAUGGCACCGGAUACACUGGUGUAAAUGGACUCUCAAGAGAUACUCGCCCAGAACGGUAUGGUUCUCAUUUGGAAGCGAGUGAUUUGAAAAGCUCGAAACCGAUCGAAGAUUCAACUUGGUUCCAGAAAGUAAAGGAUACCACGAUCUCGUACUUCCCCUCGAAGUUCCGUGACAGCGCCAGCUACAAAGUGGACAAAGAGCCGCAGGCGGAAAUACGGAUCAAAAGAGAACUGGAGCCUCUCCGUAAUUCAUCGCCUGACACGGCUUUUCUUGAGGAAAAAGUCAGAAGGCUAGAGCGCCAAUGUAGACAGUACGAAACUGAACUUGAGCAGUCAACAGACUCUGUGUCAAAACAACGCUUGCAGGAGGUUUUGGAGGCGGCCAAAAAGCGGGACAUUUUGAUCGACCGCCUCGAGAAAAGAAACAGAUUGAGCCGAUCGUCAGAGAAUUACUCAUUUGGUGGGCUCAUGAGCCUAGCGUUCAGUCGUCUUGACCCUCGUAUUGUUGGCUUCUGCAACGCUCUACUAAACCUAACACUUUUCUUCUUUAUUGCUGUUGUCUUCUUGAACCUUCUUAGACUUGUAUUUUUUACUGUCAUCUACAUCCUACAAAACCGCACAUCAAACUUGUACGUUGAUGAAGGCUAUGAUGAUGAAGUUUUAGUCAGCAUGUCGUGGGUCCUGGAGAUGCCCUGGCUUGAAUACAAAAUCUAUCAAAUCCAAGAAUGGAUUGGCUAUUAA